AUGCCUCUUAUUUUGUUUACAGGAUACCCAAGCUCUGGGAAAACUACUAAAGCUAAGGAAUUAAUUUCUUUAUUAGAAGAUAAAAUUGAGAAUACACCUGCUUUAAAGAAUAAAAAAUACUCUAUUGUGUAUCAUUCAGAUGAAAGUUUAGGUAUUCAACAUAAUGAUUACAUUACAUCUCAAGAUGAACGUAAAUUACGUUCAGAGAUAAUAUCAGCUGUUAAGAGAGAUCUAUCUAAGAAUAAUAUUGUCAUUGUAGAUUCAUUAAACUAUAUUAAAGGAUUUCGUUACCAACUUCAUUGUGAAGUUAAAAAUUGCUCUACCACAUUUUGUUUAAUCCAUGUAAUGUGUCCAGUUGAUGUAAUUUAUGAUUGGAAUAAGUCAUCAAGUAAUUCAUGGGAUAAUGAGUUGUUGGAUCAACUGAUACAGCGUUAUGAAGAACCAAAUGCUCAAAGUCGUUGGGACUCCCCAUUGUUCCCUGUUUUGUCGAAUGAAGAUUCUAUGAAAGACUAUAUUGAAGAUAUCAGUAGUGCAAUUUUCAAUACUGGUAAUUCGUUGAACACUCGUGAUCCUUUGAGUCGUUCGUUUCAAAAACCAAAUAGUGUAACCAUAUUAAAACCAGCUUCUCAAACAAACUUUAUUCAAGUAUUAGAUAGAGAAGCAACAUUAGUGGUUAAAAAGAUAAUGGAAGAGAUCAAAAUAGCACAAUCUAUUGGUAAUAAUUCGACUUCAAGAGUAAUUGUUUCUGAAGGUGUCACUGACAUUAAUGAUGACAGAUGCAGUUACGUGGAUUUACCAGUUAAUGGAGUUACUCUUGCUCAAUUACAAAGAUUAAAAAGACAAUUUGUAAAUUUAAACAAAUUAAGAGACAUGGAAAGGGAUAGAAUUGUACAUAUGUUUGCCGAUUAUUUAAAUAAAAAUUUGAAUGAUUAG